AUGGCAACGCAUAGCUUGUUAUCUUGCUUCGACGAGCCACUGCCAGGGGCAAUGAUUUUCGACCCGGGUGACUACUCCAGGGGAGAUUCUUCAGUCACAGUCGCCAAUCAGAAGCCUCCCAAAUACCUCAUUCAAGAGCCCGUGUCGGUGUACAUUGACAAGACCAAGAAUUUCUUGAACGAUAACGGACCCAUUCUUGCAGGCAUGCAAGAACCACAGCCUGAGCCAAAUCGUGUGCUGCGUACGGAAGCCGACGUGGUCGCACAUGCACGUAGCUCUCUUCUCACACCAAUCGAACAAGCGAUUCAAGUUGUUGACCGCUACACUGGAAAGGUUUACGUUCACGCAGAAUCCCCAAUGAAGAAUAAACUGCGCGUAGACAUCGCCAUAAUGCACAAUCAAGUUGCUGUCGUGCACGGCUCAGCCAUCCCAGAGGGAUUCACUGACACUGAGCAACCGGUUGUCUUGGUCGAGUUCAAGCGGGCAGGCCUCAUCGACGAGGAGGUAUUCUCAGAUUUGAUGUGGGAGCCUAAGGAGCUGAACAGCCUGUUAAGACCGCAUGUCCCAGAUGCUGACAAGAACACCAGUAAAGCUGGGCUCACCACAUCCCAACUCAAGCAAGUCACGGCGUAUGCAGCUCGAAAAGAGUGUAAUUACGGUGCACUGUGCGACUACAGCAGCCUAAUUCUGUUUAGGUUUGACAACAACCGAACUGUCGCCUAUGUUACCAUCGUUGAAGAGACAGACUUUCGCAAGGCUCUUCUGGGAUUCUUCCUUCAUGCUUGCAGCACUGGCGGUAUUUAG